AUGGGCGCUUUUGUCGCGUUUAGGUCCCUCAUUCGCAGGAACGCCGUCUUCCUGACUACCAUCUUCGCCGGUGCCUUCGCUUUCGAGCUGACUUUCGAUACUGCCUCCAACAAGAUCUGGGAUACCUGGAACGCUGGUCGUCAAUGGAAGGACAUUAAGCCCCGGUACCUCGUUGCCGCUGAGGAGGAGGACGAUGAGUAA